GUGAAAUCCAGAAGAGAUCACAGAGCAAGCCAGUGUUGAAGUGUCCUCAUUUGAGAGUUGGGGGUGUGGAGAGGAAUUCCUGCCUCUGGCCCAGGCCUCUACAUGCCCCUCAGCUGCUCUGUGGGGAACAGAUGGACAUGGCCUGGAAGAUCACACAGCUGCUGCUUCUGGCUUCGGUGACUGCUGUGUGGGGUGCUCCGCCCGGGACUCGACAGGGCAGGACGGAUCUGCUCAAUGUCUGCAUGGACGCCAAGUACCACAAGACAAAGCCAAGCCCCGAGGACAAGCUUCAUGGCCAGUGCAGUCCCUGGAAGAAGAACGCCUGCUGCUCUGUCAACACCAGCCAGGAAGCCCAUAAGGAUGUCUCCUACCUGUACAGAUUCAACUGGGACCACUGCGGCCCAAUGAAACCUGCCUGCAAGCGCCACUUCAUCCAGGACACCUGCCUGUAUGAGUGCUCCCCCAACCUGGGGCCCUGGAUCCAGGAGGUGAACCAGAGCUGGCGCAGAGAGCGGAUCCUGGACGUGCCCCUGUGCAAAGAGGACUGUGAGAGCUGGUGGGAAGACUGCCGCACCUCCUACACCUGCAAGAGUAACUGGCACAAGGGCUGGAACUGGACCUCAGGGUCUAAUGAGUGCCCGGUGAAGGCUGCCUGCCACCGCUUUGAUUUCUACUUCCCCACGCCUGCUGCUCUGUGCAAUGAAAUCUGGAGUCACUCCUACAAAGUCAGCAACUACAGCCGAGGCAGUGGCCGCUGCAUCCAGAUGUGGUUUGACCCGGCACAGGGCAACCCCAACGAGGAGGUGGCCAGGUUCUACACUGAGGCCAUGAAUGGAGCUGGGCUCCAUGAGUCCUAACCUCUCCAGCUUGGCCUGGCCCUAAUGCUGCUCCUGCUGCUCAGCUGAGCUCCUUUUACCUUCUGAUACCUGGUCAUCCCCCCGCAGUUUAGCCCCACAGCUCAGCUCCCAUGGCUGGAGCUUUGUCCAACAGUUUGAAUAAACUAGUUAC